AUGAGUGAUCUUACAGAGGAACCGGUGAUGCAUGGCUCCCCAAGUAACAUCUUCCGAGACGAAACCGCCACUCCCCCAAACCAACCAGUGAUAUCAAAUGAGGCUACCGAGACGGAGUCCUUCCGUCGAGUCUCCGAUGCUCUUGAGGUUCUUCAACUGAACAUUGAUUCCCACAUGCGAGAAAUCCAUUCCCAGCGCAUCGAUGUCAACAACACGCCAAAUCAACCUGAAUCUCCCAUAAACCAUGAGACUCCAUUCAAACCCCCCUCAGCCUCAUCAUCCCAGGACUCGUCUCCUCCCACCUUGGGCCUUGAGCCAGACCAGCUACUGCCACCUGCGCUGUAUCAAUCUCCAAACAAGUUAAAUGAGCCACAGACUCCCGAGGAAACGCCCAGAAGUGCAUCUUCGUCGCCGGAUUCUCUCAACUUACCCAUCAUGCAAUUUGAAACCUCUCCAGCCACUGCAACAGAUUCAAUUGGCCAGCCUGUCUCUGAGCCAUUGGAGAAUUCGGAGCCAGAUUCAUUCGAGGUCCCCGUCAUGCUUGACCUUGCCUCUGUUCGAAAGUUUUCAAGUCCAGAAUCUCCAGAGUCAUUGGAGGUUCCGAUCAUGCUUGAUAUUGCUUCCGUGCGAGCGUUCUCAAACCCAGCAGACAUUGAUUUUUCCACUCUACCACGCCCUGAUAGCUUUGAGAUUGAUACGAAUUAUGAUGAGCUUUCGCCCUCAACGUCUCUUGGGCCUACAGGCGAGAACUGCAACCUUAAUCCAGCAGCUCGAUCCGACUUUUCCCCUCUUCGCUCCGUCUCACAAUAUUCUACGUCUACAACCCAAAAUCCAUUGACAAACGGCCGCUCUGACGACUAUUUCUUAGUGGGAAACGGUUACACUGAAUUUUCCCAACAGCUACAACAUCCGUAUCCUCCCGGUUGCAUGGUCCAGGCAUGGCCUCUCCGUCAGCAGAUUCUUGUGGCGAUUCCUGUCGACCAGCUCCGCCCAGUAGUGACUCCUACUGACCAGCAACAACAUCGAGUCCCUCCUUGGAUAGCUCUGACCGAACAAGGUGCCUUGGUGAGAAGUCAUCCGCCUAUCAGACUAGAUGGCAGUAUGGAUCCUAUCACACAGGUGCAAUGGAACCCUUCCCAAGAUGCACGAUCACUGACCUCGGCUGUCACGUCUCACUCAGCUAAUGUAUCUGGACACCCGAAUACUACAAUCCCUGGGCUUGCUUCAGACUCGUCUAUCCACUCCCUCCAUGCAAGCCAGCAUGGCCAGCCGCCUGUCACAGUAUUAUCGGUUGAUCCGGGCCGUUCGGUCGAGACAAUGACAGUUCGUUACCAGCUGGCAUUCAUCGCACCUGAGGAUAUCCCAGGCCUAACCACACCACCUGCUUCAACGCCGAAUUCCGAUUCUGACCCAUCGCGCAACUCAUUCAGAAACAACUCAGCUUUCAUUCCUGAUACGGAGCCACGCCUACGCACAGUUGGAGCACUUCCACGUUUCUCCUCGAGCCCCUCUGUUCUUUCGAGCGUUCCUGUUAUCUGCAGCCCCGAGCUUGCGACUUCACCAGCUUCGUCUUUUCGAGAUCGCUCGCCGACCGGGUUAAGCCUACCUUCCAGCUUGGACCAUGCUUUCAUUCGUGACCAAGCGGCUUGGCAAGCCAUAGAGGAAGCCCGUACUGGUCAAGACCCACGGGCUACUGUUUUUCUCUCGCCUCUCGCUUCGUUUGUAGCGACCCCUUCAGGACCGCCUGCUCUUUCGCCUCCGUUGCCCGGUAAAUUGGAGGUGGUCAACCACGCCACAGGAGAUUCAAAGCCCUUUGCUAAGAAGAUUAAGCUUGGGACCCGUUCGUCUAUGGAGUUUUCAGACUCGGAUUUCACCCUCUCCUCGGCAGAGUCUUCGCCUGCAAAGCGCGAGAAAAUGAAGACUUCCAGCAUGAGAUACUCCAACGGGCUAGAUAGUCCCCGUCGUCGGUUCCCGAUUGACGGGGCUGAUGAUUGA